AUGGUGUCCACUCUCUCCUUGCGGCAGGCCGUCGUAGCCGCCCUCUUUUUUGGCGCCCACGCCGCUCAUGUCCAGCCGCGCCAGGCUCUCCUCCCCGGCGGGGCGGGCCAGGACGCCCUCGGCCAACUGCAGGGCCUCCUCCAGGGCCUCCUCUCCGGUAACCUCAACCUCGGCGGCGCGGGUGGCGCGGCCGCCGCGGCCGCUGACGCCGGAGCGGGAGCAGGCGAAGGAGCCGGUGCCGGUGAAGGCGUGGGAGCAGGCGAGGGCGCAGGUGCCGGUGAAGGAGCAAACGCCGGCGAAGGAGAAGACGCCGGUGUGGUCGUGACCCCCACCCCUGGCGCAGCCGAGCCCACCGAGACCGCUGAGGUCGCCGACCCCGCCGAGACGGCCGAGGUUGCCGACCCAGCGGAGACCGGCGAGGUCGUCCCGCCACCGCCGCCGCCGCCGCCGCCGGCUGCGCUCCCCAUCGCCAACGGCACGGUCGGCGAGAACGGCACCGAGGUCGGCCGUGGCAAGGGCAAGGGCAAUGGCAAGGGGAAGGGAAAUGAGAACGGCAAUGGGAACGGCAACGGUAACGGCAAGGGCAAGAACAACGGCAACAACGGCAACGGAAACGAUGAUGAAGAGGAGAACCAAAACGAGAACGAGAAUGAAAAUGAGGAUGACAACAAGGGCAACAACGGCAAUGGCAACGGCAACGGCAACGGUCGUGGCAAGGGCAAAGGCAAGAACGCCGCCGCCGGCCUGGGCCUGGAAGGCCUGCUCGGCCUGAUCGGCGGCGGCGCGGGAGCCGGAGCGGGAGCCGGAGCCGGCGCUGGCGCGGGUGCAGAUGCAGGUGCAGGUGCAGGCGCAGGUGGCCUCAACCUCCAAGAUCUCCUCGGCCUACUCACCGGCGGAGCCGGAGCCGGAGCGGGCGAGGGAGCCGGUGCCGGCGCGGGAGCGGGCGGUCUCAACCUGCAGGACCUGCUCGGCCUGCUGACGGGCGGCCAGCAGGGCAAUGGCCAGAACGCGGCGGCCACGCGCGCCCAGCUCCAGGCGAUGCUGCAGCGGGUUAAUGCUGCUCAGCAGCAGCAGCAGCAGCAGCAGCAGGGUCGGGGUAAGGGCAAUGGCAAGGGCAGGGAGGUUGAGGGUGCUGGCAGGCGCGCGGUGGUGCCGGCUCGGUUGAGGAGGCGGAUGCGCAUGGGUGUGAGGGCGUAAGGGAUGGUUUGAAGAAGGAAAAGGGGCACGGGCUGCUGGUGGCCUCAAGGGUGGAUAAGGUAGCUGGCUGAGUUGGGUUGGGAACUUGGGGUUGUUUGCUUGUUUAGGUCGUCUUUGGGUCCUUAAAUACCAUUCUUUUGUGGUACAAAACUGUAUUUUAGAUAUGCCAGGGGCAGGACUUGGGUACAGGAUGGUAACGCCGUAACGGUCUGGCGUAGGCUUGGGAGAGAUUGG